AUGGCGGAUCGCAAUCUUUACACGACGUAUAAGAGGGACACCAAGUACUUGGUCUACUGGAUGAUCCAUGCCUCCAACCAUAUCCUUCGUGGCUUGGAGAAGCCUGAGCAUGACUCGUUGAGCCUCAACACCACGGGGCAGACCACUGUUUCCGGCCUGGUCGCCAUGUCCAAACUGAUCGCCGCCCAUGUGAUCCCUGUCCCGUCAAUCAUUCAGCGAUUGCUCAAGUCCAUAAUCGACGCCCGCUCCCAAGUCCACUCGCUCUUUGAAAAGCUGGCAGGAGACGACCCGGACCCAGAGCUUGCAAGGAGCAAUGCCUCCCACAAGCACUUCAUUGACGCCCUCAAGGAAGCUUUUGAUGCCCUGGGCGGGUCCACCUGGACAUCCUCGCAGUCGGGGACUCCGGAUGAAGAGGCUGAUCUAGAUGAGUUCAUUCUUUCAAACAAGUUCUCUGCCUUGGGAGUAACCACCGGCCAAGCUGAAGAGAGUGAAUCCGAUGCAGAAGAUUCCGAGCCUGAGAUACACAACGCACCCCGCAGACGACAAGCCCCCAGGGCCGGAAAGGGCAAAAAGGGCAAAGGAAAGAAGAAGGGACGUUCUAAGAAGGCAUCUGGGCGUGCAAAAUCCACAUUACGAGAAGCUGAUUUGGACGAUGUGCCGUUGGAGAGCUUCCGCAUCAUUGAAGACUUCAAUGAGGGCCAGAAAGAGGGACCCGGAAUCAUGACCGACUACUUGGUUGCCGUGUACGAUGUUUUCCGAGAAAUUAUCGCCGUCAGAUCAUAUACACAGGACCUCUGGUGGGAGGUAGCAUACGAUGACUUGAAUAGCGCCGUAGCUGCGGCUGUCUCGAGCAUGGCUAUUACUGCUGUUCGGAAAAUGGCUACACAAAUCUUUGUAGAUUUUCCAGGCAACGACUCUUUUGACGCCAUUCUGCAAACAAUUACCAGGGGAAACCCUGAAAAGCUCAAGAAGAACUUCGCGAUAUCUUUGUUGACAGCUGCGGAUGAUAACGCAGACGUGAGAAAGGUCCGCGAGAGCUAUGUAGAUAUCGAGGAGCAAUUCCUCAUGUAUGUCUACAAGGAUUUCUGUGAUUUCAUUACCGAUUUCCGCUUGAAUCGCACCGGGAAACCGACAAAACGAAUGCAGACAGAGCUGGCGAAUUGGGAUCCCAAAUUCAACCUUGAAAGGGCGACCCUAGAGGAUAGGAUCAAAUGGCGGCGUUCUUACACCAUCAACUGGUUGUAUGACCUUGUUAACCUGUUUUCCUCGAUCGUCGUUCAACGCAUUACUGUCAAAGGAGAAAAGCAUGAUCUCGCCACAGUGGAUUGGUCAACCAGCGGUCCAUGGCAUCAGCACCGCAGGCUAUUCGGUCUCAAUGAAUUUGCCGGCUUCGUCACAUCGCUAGCCUUCCAAAACCCAUCAGCAGACCUGAAAUCCAAGAUUCAACCCCACCACGUCUUCCAGCUUCAGUGUAUCGUGGAUUCCAUGACGGUGUCUCGUGGAUGGCGAGUAAACUGUCUCUAUGGCCAUAUCAUUACUGCCCCUCCCCCAAAAUUCUUUCCACGACGGGAUGUUGAUCUCUUCCUGGAUCGGCACAACAAGACCCAAGCCGGUUUCCUACAGGGCGAAUUCGUUCUCAGGCAACUCCUCGAACGCGAUGCAGCAAGUCGUGGUAAACCAAAUCUUCAUGAAGCAGCGCUCACGGUAUUGGAAGCGAUCAGGGUUGACUUCAUCGACUGGCUCGGUGAGACGAAAUACAAGUAUGGGCUGAACACCAUUCCACCUUCGCGAUUCACCAGCACGAAUGCGAAUGGAUUGUACGAGUAUUCGCCAUUCUUGUGCGGUGCUGGGCUCUUGGAGGGGCUAGAGUUGGCCUAUCUGAUUGGCGUUUACAUCUGGGACACGGCCCCGGAACUCGCGAUGGUUAUUCAUCUUCACAACAUGCUCGAGAAGAAAGGCUUUCUGAAAAAUCCGGUCGGACUCUGGUCCUCCAUUGCGGGACUUUUUGCCAGUUCCCUGUUUGCCAAUACCAAAACACUACCCACUUCCAACUUUGCUCAGGCUUUUCUCGAUCACGCCCAAAAGAGGGACAUUCGAGCCAGGGCCAGGAACAAAGGCGCUGCAGAUCUUGUUGGUGCUCUUAAUCCCCAGGCUAACAUGUUCUUCAAAACCAAACCGCACACGCAAAUUCUCAGAGAAGCGGGAUGGGAUCCAGAGAGAGUUCCUGACAGCGACGUCUUGUUUCCAUCCAUCCUCGCUGCCCAGCGGCUCUCCCAACUCAAAAGACUGAGGGAUCCGGUAACCGGAAAGAUGAAGGUGGAAGAGACCGAAUUGGUGCGCAGAGCGAAAAAGUACGGCAUGAGCGAAGAUGAAAUAACCGCCCUUGCCUCUUCGGUCGACACUCUUGCCUCUAUGCAUGCUUGGGAUGACCUCAAAACCCAACAAGUGGAAAGAUAUAUGGAUACUGCACCGGAGAUGGCAGGUUUGACCACAAGCUAUCCCCGGAAUAAGAAAGAUGUGACGACGACAGACUAUCUAGAACAGUCUAAGUGGGACAUCUUUACAGCCAUAAAUGGCAACAUGCCCGUCAUGGGAUUGAGCUUCCUAUGGCCUACCACCAUUGUCUACAUGUUUUUCAUGACCGUGGAAGAGGAACUCUGCAAAACCCGAAAUCCCCUGUACAUCAAGUCGUUUGAGAACGCGAAGUAUUCCGGAGACAAGCGAAUGGCUCUAGUCCUUGGUGCUUUGAAAGAGGACGAUGAGGAGUGCCUGCGCGUGAUGGCCAGAGUGUUCGACAAAUUGCGAGCUGGCUUCGUUUCGCACAUGUACUGGAAGGAUGUGGAAACGGUCGAGGAAAGGCUGGAACGAAUACAGAAAAGGGAUGAUUCUGAAGUUCCUGAUUGUACCAUAAUGUAG